UGAGGGGCAAAGUUAUCAAUAAGGGUCUUUUAUAUACAGAGCCGUGCCCAUAUGAAGUCAGUCUAUGUAAAUCCAAAAUAUUCCAAAUUUUCUCGCCAUUCAUAUUUGUCUGAAUGUAAAUAAUGACCUUGGCGGCUGUCCCUGGCACCCUGGUGUGCUCCUCCUCCCUAGCUACCUCUAUCCCUGCGCGUCUCUCUCUCUCCGCUCUGCUCUGAGGUGAAGCAGAGCAGGAAGCAAUGGACAGGGAGGACCAGAAAGCUUCCCUCAACUCACCUCUGAUUCGUGCCUCCGAAGGAAAUUGUGAGUUGGGAUUCAAUGGAGAGAAAAGCAGACAAAGGAGAGGGGAAAUUGUGGAAGAAGUGAAGAAACAACUAUGGCUAGCUGGGCCUCUGGUCUCUGUUAGUCUUCUGCAGUACUUCUUGCAGAUGAUAUCAGUGAUGUUUGUCGGUCAUCUAGGGGAAUUAGCUCUCUCUGGUUCUUCAAUGGCCACUUCUUUUGCAACCGUGACCGGUUUCAGCUUGUUGAUGGGAAUGGCAAGUGCGUUGGAUACAUUAUGUGGCCAGUCCUAUGGGGCAAAGCAGUACCAUAUGCUUGGAAUUCACAUGCAGAAAGCCAUGCUUGUUCUUUUGCUUGUAAGCAUACCCCUUGCUGUUAUCUGGGCAAACACAGGAUCCAUUCUCAUGACUCUCGGCCAAGAUCCUGAAAUAUCAAAGGAAGCUGAAGUUUAUGCCCGAUUCAUGAUACCUUCUCUUUUCGCAUAUGGCCUUCUUCAGUGCCUUAACAGGUUCCUGCAGACCCAAAAUAUUGUCUUCCCAAUGAUGAUAACCUCUGGUAUUACAACUUUGCUUCAUUUUCUCAUUUGCUGGAUUCUUGUGCUCAAAUCGGGCCUAGGAGUCAAAGGAGCCGCCAUGGCGAAUGCCAUCUCUUAUUGGAUGAAUGUGUUGCUGUUGGCGCUUUUUGUCAAGUUUUCCUCCUCAUGUGCAAAAACAUGGACUGGCUUUUCAAAGGAAGCCCUACACAAUAUUCUCCCUUUUCUUGGACUGGCUGUUCCUUCUGCCCUUAUGGUCUGCUUGGAAAUGUGGUCAUUUGAAAUGAUGGUUCUUUUAUCUGGUCUUCUUCCUAAUCCAAAGUUAGAAACAUCAGUGCUCUCUAUCAGCCUCAAUACAGGUGCAAUUGUUUGGAUGAUCCCAUUUGGACUCAGUGGUGCUGUGAGCACUCGAGUCUCAAAUGAACUAGGAGCUGGGCAUCCACGAACAGCUCGAAUGGCAGUAUGUGUUGUGUUAGUAAUUGCCAUUACUGAGGGUGUUUUGGUUGGGUCAGUGCUGAUAUUGAUUCGCAACAUUUGGGGUUAUGCUUAUAGCAAUGAAACAGAAGUUGCCAGAUAUGUAGCAAUCAUGUUGCCUUUUGUUGCGUCGUCCAACUUCCUAGAUGGGAUACAGUGUGUUCUUUCAGGGACUGCUAGAGGAUGUGGUUGGCAGAAAAUUGGUGCAGUUAUCAAUCUUGGAUCAUAUUAUCUGGUGGGAAUCCCUUCUGCUAUUUUAUUAGCUUUUGUCCUCCAUGUCGGGGGGAAGGGGCUGUGGACGGGGCUCAUCUGUGGACUCUUCGUGCAAGCGUCAUUGCUUCUUACCAUUACCAUACGAACUAACUGGGAUCAAGAAGCAAAGAAGGCUAUGGAAAGAGUUCACGACUCCACAAUACCUGUGGACAUUGUUUCAUAACUCUGCUGGUAGCUAUUGUAUCACGCAUGAAUCUGAAAUGGUUCAUAUUGAAUGGGAGGCUUCUUCACUUCUAAGAGGUGGGAAAACUGAAGAAGAUUUUCAAACUCUUCAGGAAAUCUGCUUUACAGGGAUGCAGUCCUCACUGGCAGUGGAUAUUGGGUUCAUCUUCAACAGGACCUGCUGAGACAUUCUUCUGGUUUUGUAGUAAUUUAAUCACACAACAAAAGUUCCAUGGAUGGUUUCAUAUUAUUAAUUUCAGACCUAUGGCAACGUGGGGUUUUUACA